CCGCCCCGGACUGUUGGUGGCCGGAGUUGGUUUGCGCCGACAUGGUUAGUGACUAUGUUGCCGCCGGUAGGUUAAUGGCAAAAUAUCCCAAUCGAAUUAUGACCCUCAGAUACGAAGAGUUGGCACUUAAUCCUAAUAGUACUGCUUACGAAGUUAUAAAAUUCUUGAGACUUAGUGUAACGCCAUCUAUCAAGGAGUUUUUGUAUACACACACUAAUGUCAAUGUGGCUGGUUUCGAUUCCACAUUCAGGAUCUCCCGCGAUGUCCCAUUCAAAUGGAAGACGAGUCUAUACUUUGAUUAUGUCGAUGAAAUACAGACUGCCUGCAGAGAAGCAAUGAGUCUAUGGGGUUAUAAAUUAGUGUACAACGCAUCCCAGAUGACUAGUAAGGAUUUUUACCCUAUGGAGCCGUACACGAUUUCUCAAAGACUCUGAAGAAGUAGCUGAGAUAAACAUUUAGAACAUACGCAAUAUAUUUCAUGGAAAUCAUAUUAUUAUUUUUUUACUACUAAAUACAUAAAAGUAUGGCUAGUUGCAUAAAUGUCCAUUAAAAUUGUCACUGAAAUUGUUUUAUCUUAAAAUAGUCUCAGGUUCCUGCUGGUCCCCUUGUUACAUGCGU